CCUGCACCGAACAGUCCACCAUGGCCUCAGACCACCAGACCCAGGCAGGCAAGCCGCAGCCUCUCAACCCCAAGAUCAUUAUCUUUGAGCAGGAGAACUUCCAGGGUCACUCGCACGAGCUCAGCGGGCCCUGCCCCAACCUGAAGGAGACUGGAGUAGAGAAGGCAGGCUCCGUCCUGGUGCAGUCUGGACCCUGGGUAGGCUAUGAACAAGCCAACUGCAAGGGUGAGCAGUUUGUGUUUGAGAAAGGAGAGUACCCUCGCUGGGACUCAUGGACCAGCAGCCGGCGGACGGACUCGCUCAGCUCUCUGAGGCCCAUCAAAGUGGACAGCCAAGAGCACAAGAUCAUCCUCUAUGAAAACCCCAACUUCACAGGGAAGAAGAUGGAAAUCAUAGAUGACGAUGUGCCCAGUUUCCAUGCCCAUGGCUACCAGGAGAAGGUGUCAUCCGUGCGGGUGCAGAGUGGCACGUGGGUUGGCUACCAGUACCCCGGCUACCGCGGGCUGCAGUACCUGCUGGAGAAGGGAGACUACAAGGACAGCAGCGACUUUGGGGCCCCCCAUCCCCAGGUGCAAUCCGUGCGCCGCAUCCGCGACAUGCAAUGGCACCAGCGAGGUGCUUUCCACCCCUCCAACUAGUGCCCCUUUGCCCCCCUCAUCAUUCCUCCUUCCCAGGAGCCAGGUCUGCUGCCCAGGACCCCUCUAUACCUCCCGGAGCGUGAAUAAAGUGUGACUUGCAACUUCU